AUAAUAAUUCCUUGGGGAAAUUUGUUUCCCUGAAUGCCAUUCUAUCAUUGGGAAAUGAAAACUCCCUUUUACCAUGCUUUUACCCCCUUUUACUAUUUCUUGUAGGGCGUUGAAUGCAUGAGAACAAAGGAAACAAACGAGUGACGAGAUGCGCUAAAUAAAUUGUAUAAAAGGCUACAACAAUUGGAAAUGGUUUAUUAGUCAGUAGGCAUGAGUGUCGAGUAGACGAUUACGGUUUGCGUGCUCUCGUUGAACUAUCUGUUUUGAGUCGAGGAUUGUAAAUGCUGUCAGUCGAUAUUUCCGUUAUCGAAAUAAAAGGUGUAAUCUGCAUAAUGGAAGACUGGUAUCUUGAACGCCUUGGUCAUCAGAAUUCAAGGCAUCAUUUAAAUAUCUUGCUGGGACCAAGAGAGAAACUUACAAUUGGGCGGAAAGCAGGAGGUGUUGUAGAUAUUGUGUGUAAUGGGAAAAAUGUGUCCAGAGAACACUGUGUUUUGAAAUAUGUUGACAACUGUUGGAGCAUUGAAGAUUUGAAGAGCAUGAAUGGAGUUUUCCUGAAUAGAAAUAGAAUUCCAGCAAAUACUCCAACCAUUCUUCGUGAAAGAGAUAUAUUGGGUGUGGGAGCAAUUGAAGCAACUGAGCCAGAUUACUAUAUUUUUAAUGUAUUGAAAAAUACUGUUAAAGAUGAAAAUGAGAAUGAUGGUGACCUUAUGAUUGUUGAAGUACCUGGUGUUUCUGCAGCCCGUGAUCCAUUGGAGGAAUCAGAAUGCAGAACAGAUCCUUUAUCUUAUGAUAUUGAAAAAGGGAAACCGAGUGAUGACCCAGAUAAAUCAGAAAAUCCACGAGGUCAAAAUGUAGCUUCAGGUGACUCCCAACACAUUAAAAUACCAAAUUUUCCAGAGGUUAUACUUCCAUCGUCUCCAAUAUUUUCUGAGAAAUCUGAUAUUCAAGGAAUAUUCAUAGGUGAGUCGUGCGUUUCGCAGGAAAAAACAACGCGUGCUUGUACCGCCGAGGAAUCUUCCACUGCAUCAAAUUCGCAUCAGCAAAAACGCUCCCAGGAAAAGACCCCAGUUCGUAACGACGAUGCUAAAAUGAUUUCAACUUUGUCCAACUCAAAACCCGUACGACCAUCGCUGGACGACGCCAAGUUAAAAUUGGACUGUAAAGUAGUUAUUGAAGGACUUCCAAAAAAAUAUUUAAAUGGUGGCAUUGCUCACUCCAAAGCAACAAAAAAGCGAUUGAAUGGCAAGAAACGUCUAUUACUCUACAGUUCGGAUUCAGAUUCCGAUAAUGAAGACAGUUCUAAAAACAUUGCCAACCAUCACGCGAAGAAUUCCCUUACUGGAGUGGAGUCAAAAGGGAAAGCAUUGAAAAAAGUGACUCAUCUUAACGAACGCACAUCUAGUUCAGAGGAUUCCAGUGAUGACGAUGCCUUGUUUUCAUCUAAUGCCGCUUCUGUCUGUAAAGUUCCCAAGUCGGUAUUCGUCGUAGAAAAACUUUCCAGAGAAGCAGGGUCUGAACAAAGAAUUCCUUCUUGCAGUGGUCGAAUGGCGCCUGCUUCAGCACCACAAAUUGAAAAUUUGGUAGAAGACUCUGACGACUGUGCAGUUGUGAAGGCGAAUGUUGUUUGUGGGAAACGAAACGACCAUUGCCCAGAAUCUGAUGAGGACGUCAUUAUUUUGAGUUCCGGUGACGAGGAAACUUUUUCUUCCCAACCCCGCUUCAAACAAGAGCCUUUGGAUAGCCCAGUUCGAAAGCAUGCCGACGAUCAUCACGGCAAAUCUCCGUUAGUGGUCUCUUCAAGUUCAUCAGAUGAAGACAGUCCCUUCUUUCCAGAACUCUCGCAAGCAUUUCUGAAAGAAAUUGCAGAGGAGGAAGAAGAAGAAACGAGUUUAUCCAAGAAAAUCUCUAGGAAGGGAACUGACGUGGAUAAGUUGAAUUCACUUGUGAAGUCCGGACGUUUUAACCAAAAAGGAAAAACAACUCUUCAAACCGAACCCCAGAAUUUGCAUACACCUGUUAGAGGGCGAUUUUCCCUGGCAACUGCUGGUGAGUCUUCUAGGAGGGAAACGGAUAACCAGUCAGCCGAAGACGAUCAACGGAAAAAAUUACAAUCAAAAAUCGCUACACCACGAAUUCCAAUAAUACCGCCUAAACCACAGACCGGCCGCAAGAGAAAAUCAGCGAAUGGCAUUGGUUCAGUUCGAGAAAAGUUAUGUAAAGAUCACGGGAUGGAAAGUUAUCGUGUUUCCGUUAACGAAGCAAGCAAGAAGAAGGCAAAAAAUAGACCGAUGAGCGAUAGAAGAUUGAACGAACAACCAUCUACUAGUGUUGAUCCCACUAAGAAAUUUCUAACCCCCCGACCGUCUACCCAGGUUCCCAAAGAGCCAAAGUCAUCUGCGCCAAUUCCAGUGAAGGCCAAAGUAACCAAGAAAUCCCGCGGAGAUUUAUUUUUAAAAGAUUUCGUUGGUGAAGAAAAUGGACCGAAGGAAGGUACUAAGAAAGCCACAAGUUCUUCAUUACCCGGUUUCAGCAUACCAAGGUUACCGAAGACGUCCAAUGCCGAAGGAGUGUCUAAUGAUCAAGAUGCUUCGAAUUCGGCAAGUUCAUCUGCACACAAGAGGAAAUAUCCCGGCGAUGACGAUGAAUCAGAACCAAUGGGAGCAGAUUCCAUGGAAUCGUCUGAGACUCCUGCCGUGUCGUAUUCCUUCAAGAAACCCCACGUCCGAGUAGCACGGAGAGUUAGCGUUUCUGAAGAUGGCGAUAAAAAUGAAGCAUCAUCGGGACAUUCAAAACAUCCUAGCAGAUAUCAGGAUAGAUCAAGAGAUGAGGCUCAACCGCUUGGAAGAAACAAGAAGUGGGUUCCACCGAAUUCAAUAAGAAAUGUUCGUCGAGAAGGAAGGGAAAUGCCAUCACUUCCCGGUCAACAUCAACACCCAGGUCCUCCCCAUUCCAAUGCGAGUCCAAUGGCCCCAUCAAAUCCUAAUGAUGAAACUAUUCCACUUCCCGUCCCUGAUGAUGAAAUACAGCGUCCACGUCCGAUUUCUGACAAUGGUAUGCGUGGUAUUCUAAAAUAUCAAGGCUUGAAGAAUGGUUUGUACCGUCCUAAGAAAGUGUCGAUCGUGGAGGUGAACAACAAAAUUCAUGAAAUUGAAUCAAGACCCCCAACUCCACCUCUUCCAACUAAAACUCCUGUCCGUCCUGUGGAUAGGGUUGCUUUAACGAACGACAUUCUGUACAGAAUAUGUAACUGGUGUUAUGACUGGAUUGAAGAACAAAAGAAGCAAAAGAAUGAUGUGCCGCCCCCGCUACUUAAUGCAUUACAACGAGAAAAUGGUAGAAGUCUUCCAGAGCUCUCGCUGUUACCAGUUGUGUCAGCUUAUGCCAGUCUGGAAGCUUAUUGUAGCAUUUUUACCCCACUUAUGCUCCACGAGACAUGGGCUAGCCUUUGCAAGGAUUUGGAAACAAGCCAACAUGAUUCUAUAAGACCGUUGAUUUAUUCAAAACCCAAGUUCUGCGAUGGUUUCGCUCUUCUUCAAUGUGAAGCUCUGUCGCCAAUAAGGAUAAUCGAUAUGGAACUCGUAACCUUAACUGUCCAUAUUUCACCUCAGAAACCUCCUGUGAAAUUUUUUGGUGUUGCUGAACAAGUGGUGACCAGAAAUUGGCGGGCGGAAGACGUUGAUCCGCGUCUGUUGGAAACCUGUCAGCGCCAAAAUGUUCUUUACUUCAGGAUGUCGUUCGUUUUAUGGAUUAAGAUGUCCAAUGUCCCCAAAGAACUGGACAAAAUCUUUUCCGUCACUAAAAUAUCACGACUUAACACGGUAGUUAAACAAUUCAUUCUCAACGCCGAGUUAGCUCGUUACCCUCUAUGCGACGUAAUCCUUCACCCAAGUGAUUAUGUGGAUGCAUUCAAGUUGGACACAGUUGAUAUUGAAGAAAAUCAUCCAGUUUUAAAUCCUUGUCAAUAUCAAGCUGUCGAGUCCAUUACAAGGACGAUGGUUUGCGCAUCGGACCGUGAACCUAAAGUUGCCCUUUUACAGGGACCCCCAGGUACUGGAAAAUCCCAUGUAAUUGUAGAAUUGAUUUCGCGCAUGAUGUUUAUGCAUUACGAAAAAACCAGCAGCUUCCCACGUAUACUAGUCUGUGCACCAUCGAACAAUGCAAUCGAUGAAAUAGCCAACCGCCUUAUGAUUGCACGUGAUGAGAAGAAGAGUAGAUACAACAUUGUGCGCAUCGGAGUUCUGGCGUCCAUGCAUCCCAACGUGGCAAGAAUUUCUCUUGACGAAUUAACGAGAAAAUUUCAACGAGAUACUAUAGCUACAAAAGAUUCCCCGGAAAGUGGCAAACUUCGAACUUUAACAGAAGAAUUACAUAGUCUCCGAAAAAACAAGACCAAUUUAAUAGCUUCAAUUGAUGCUGCCAACAAGAGAGGACAAUCGGAUGAAGCCCGGAUGCAUGGGAGAAAAUUAGAGCAGUUAGAAAUUCAAAUUGACGGAGUGGACAGGUCCUAUCAAGAAUGCUAUAAAACUCAUGCCAAAUAUUUUAAUUCUGACAAAGAGCGUCUUGCGAUGAAAAAACAUUUGAUUUCUCGUGCUCAAAUUAUCUGCACAACUCUGAAUUCUUGCCGCAGUAGAGAAAUGGAGACCCUCUUCAUUGAGGAAAGGUCGAGCAAAUCAUUUCUUUGUUGCAUACUUGACGAAGCAUCCCAGUGUACGGAGCCCGAAUCACUUACGCCGCUCGCUUUUGGUAUUAGCAAACUUGUUUUGAUCGGGGACCCAGAUCAGCUGCCUGCAACUGUGACUUCUCAGGUUGCCGCAAAAAAUCGAUUUGAUCAGUCGCUUUUCAAUCGUUUUUACUCCAAUAGAAUGAUUACAAACCGAGAGAACGAGGAAGGCGUCAUGAUGUUGAACACGCAAUAUAGAAUGGCCCCUUCUAUAUGCGAGUGGCCUUCAAAGUACUUCUACGGUGGCAAACUUGUAACAGCUGAAGGUCUUAUUAGGAACGGACCUUGUUACGAAUACAGGGUGUUAAACGUGAUUGAUGGACUUGAACAACUUGUAGAUCAAAGUUUCAAGAACGAGAACGAGGCCGCUUUGGUGGCAAAAAUUGUAACGUUGAUCGUGAACUCUCCGUUGACCCGUGGGAAAUCUGUUGGUGUCAUCACCUUUUACCGGAGUCAACAGCAAUGUAUAGUUAAAAAAAUGAAUGAAGAGGUUAACCGUAUAAACGCAUCCCGAGUAGAGGUGAACACCGUCGACAGUUUCCAAGGAAGAGAGAAAGAUAUUGUCAUAGUCUCUUGCGUAAGAGCACGGGAAGUAAGAAAUCUCGGCGGAGAUAUUGGUUUUGUUAGCUCGUUGCAAAGAAUGAACGUCGCCAUGACCCGUGCCAAAGAGUCGCUUAUAGUUUGUGGGCAUUUUCAAACGUUGCAAAUGAACGAGACAUGGCAGGAUUUGAUUAACAAUGCUAGGAGUCGAGAUGUUGCGCAUGUUGUUGCUAGUACCUACACUUCUGAUAACUUGGGCCCUUUACUCUUUCGUCCUGUACCCAAUGUGUAAUACUCUGCGCUUAACGUUGAAACAUUCGUUCCUUAAGAUGUAUAUUGUGGAAGUGAUUUCCCAGUCGUUCUCAACCAUCACUUCCAGUCAUAUGUAUCGUCAUCUGUACAAACUGUUACUUCGCAACCGGUUGCGCGAAAUUAGAUUUCAUCUUUUUGUAUUUAACCUUAACCGGUUGCGUGAAAUUAGAUUUCAUCAUUUUUGUAUUUAAUCUUCCUACCUUUAAAAUAUUGAUUUGAAAAUUCAGAAUACAAGACCUGUAAGCAGGAUUUCUCCUUA